AUGCCGGCGCCCACCCAGCCUACGCCCGGCCUCCAGCUGCCCACCAAUCUCGUAUCGCAUCCCCUCGCCGCCUCCAGCGCGCAUCACGUCGGACCUCUGCCGACACUCGCUUCCUCGUCCGCGCGCCGAUCCCAGGCGGCUAUCGGCGCUUCCUACAAGCUCUCGAGCGAUGGCCGUAGCGUGCGCAGGCUCAAGGGCAUCUUGCCCGUCGCCAUCGCCGGCCAGUCGGUUUCGCUGAUCAACCCCUUGACCCAGACGCCGGUGCAGAGCUUUACGCUCUCGCCCUCGGAUCAAAUCUGCACAGCACCUCUUGUGGUGCUCCGGCCACGGUCGGGCAACCGGUCGCUCAGAACCACCUACUUUGGUGUCAGGACCAAGGCGUCGUCCGCCGCUUCGACGGUCUCGCCAUCUGAUGAGCCGGUCAAGGCCGAAGUGUGGGCCUUUACCGAGGAGCUCUCGACCAAGGGCAAGGGCACCGCGGAUGGCGCCGUCCGCAAGGAAGUCGCCCUCGUCGAGGGCUCAGUCUCGCUGCUGCACGUCCUGUGCAGCGGCCACCUGGUGGCGACCCUCUCGGAUGGCAGUCUUGCCGUCCUCUCCCACGCUCUUGGGCUGCAAGACGAGACCUCGCAAGCCUCUUCGGCGGCUUCCUCCGCGUUUAGAGUGAUGCAGACCGUUCCGAGCGCCGCGAGCGAAUCACUGGCGCAUCUCCACGUCUCGUUGCUCGACCCCACCGCUGCUCAGCCCCUCGUGGCCGGCACCUCAAGGAUCGAAGAAGGUACCCUCCAAGGGCUCCGCAUCGCCAUCUCAUCGGCAGUCGCUGCGCCUUCCAGCGGCGCAUCCGCGGCUUCGGGCAAAAAGAACAAGAAAAAGGGCCGCAAGUCGGCCAUCGAAGUCAUUGACGAGGCCGAAGGGCGGCAGGACGCUGCGGGACCGAGCCCGACUGGCGUGGCCACCGUUUCGAUCAGCGCGCUCCUCCGUCCCGUCGACGAGGCAGCCGAUGCUCGCCUGCGAACGAUCGCACUCGGCACUCUUGCUCUCACGGAGGUCGGAGACGCUAGCAAGCUGCUCGACUUGCAAGUCUACGGUGACGGCCGCCUCGUCGCGCUGACCCGCGCCGGCGAGCUGGUGUCGGCCAGAUUGAGCCUUGCCGCGGGCCAGCCCACCCUCUCCCAGUGGAAGCGGGUCAAGCUGGCAAAUUUUGCGCAUGCAUCCAGCGGAGCAUUGCCGGCUGCCGUGCUCCCUCUGAGCAAGGACCACGUGCUGCUCGUUGCCGCUCCGCAGAGCAGGAAUGCCACGGCGGACGGUGGCAGAGGUCAAAAGGAGCGGGUGGUGGCGCUCUUGUUCGACCUCGAGGUCGAGGCAGUUCUCACACAGAUUGACUGGGCCAUGUCGCCGGGUUCUCAGAGCCGCCUGGGCGUUCCCCCGUCGAUCAGCGCGUCCAGGGUGGCCGGGUCCAUGGCCAUCAUUCAGCUCGAUCCACCGAGGGGCUCAGGUGCUUUGUCGGCGGCGGCAGACGAGACGCCAUCGUCGCGAGUCAACUUGCUCGCCUUGCCAUUCGUCGUGCCGGACUACAGCGUGCUUAGACAUGCCAUGGGCAAGGGCGAGCUGACACGCAUCUGGACCGCCGACGCCCCGGACUCUGCUGCCGAUGCCGUCGCUGCGUCGCAGAGCAAGGAUGGGGCUCACAGCAAACACGGCAGCCUGUCCCAACAUCAACGUCAGCUCGUCGAGACGCUCGAGGGCAUCUCCACUUCCAACGGCGGCAAGGCUCGGGCAGGCCAAAUGGACGCGGCUUUUGAAGCUUGGAAGAACGAGGAGAAGGCGCGGCUCGGAUCAACCAUCGAUACCAGUGGGGAUGGUCAGGUCCGCGGCGCGCAAGAUGAGGACGAUAUCGAGAGCAUCUUGGCAACAGUCGAGGUCUUCGCCGCCAAAGCAGGCCGGUCUGGCAAGGGAGCGCGCUCUCGAAACGCGCCCGAGGUGGACCUGCCCUACAACUUUGUCUCGGCCCUGCUGCCCAUCGUCCUGCCGGACGCCAGCAAGCCUGCGAUGCCGUACGCCAAGGGUGUGGUCCACUACCUGCUGACGCGACGGGCCGUUAGCUCGCUGAUGCUCUCCGGAUCCUCGGCAGCCACGGGUGGCAGCCUUCUGGCUCGGCUGCGGGCGCGUUCGGACUGGUUCAGCAUCAUGCUGGCCAUCCGCCACGUUCCCGACGUGUCCGAGCUCGACCUGGUCCUGCUGCUCAUCGAGGUCCUGAGGGCCGACAAGAAGCGGCUUCAGUCCGCCGACGGCAACGGCGUCAGCGGCGACAAUGCGGUCAAGGGAAAGCCGCCGAGCACCGUAGAGUUCCUCGCAAGCUUUGUCGCCAUCGCCGUCUCCCGUCCGUUGCUGCGCGGCACGCUCAAGGCCCGGGUCAACGAUGUCGACGACGUGGCCGUCCUGCUGCGCAUUCUCAAAGGGUGGCUCGACGUCGCCGUCAGGGUGCCGCUCGAGGCCGGCGCCAAGCUGCCGGACAACGUUCCGGCGGUUGACCUGGUCCUGCCUUUUGCCACCGACCUGCUCGAUACCUACUUCCCGCUGCUCAUUUCGACACCAUUGACUCACGAGCUCCUGCGCUCUCUGUCCAAGACGAUCCAGCUUCACCUGUCGGGGCUCAACAGCCUCAUCACUCUGGGGGCUCCGCUGUCCGCCUUUGCCAAGCUCGAGGAGGAGAAGCGCGUCGAGAGCCUGCGCGCUGCUGCUGCGUCCGCCGCUCGAGGCGGGGCAGCCCACGUCGGACCGGGCGGCGCGGCCAUGUCGGCGGGCAACAUGAAGGUAGCGGCCGGCGGCAAGGGCGCCGCAGCGGCCAGGGCCGAGACGGGCGGUGGCCUAGGCAUUGGCCUGGGCACCGAGGGCGUGCAGAAGACGAGGCGUGCCGAGGCGAGGGAGGAAAGCAUGCUGGUCGGCGCCUACGCCCUCGAGAGGCUCGAGAUCUAG